AUGACAAACAGCAGCUUGACUCUAAGCAGCCUGGAUGCAGUUUACAUCACCAUCGAGUUCAUUAUUGGGAUAUCUGCAACCGUGGGCAACAUCCUGGUCAUCUGGGUGGUGAAGCUGAACCCAGCUUUUCAGACAAAUACCUUCUACUUCAUCAUCUCCCUGGCACUGGCCGAUAUAGCCGUGGGCAUCCUUGUCAUGCCGCUGGCCAUCGUGGUGAGCCUGGGAGUCGACAUCCACUUCUACUCCUGCCUCUUCAUGUGCUGCCUGAUGGUGGUUUUCACUAAUGCCUCCAUCCUGUCUCUCCUGGCUAUAGCGAUCGACAGGUACCUAAGAGUGAAGCUGCCCACCAGGUACAGAAUAAUCACCACGAAGAGAAGAAUCUGGGUGGCUCUUGGAAUUUGCUGGUUGUUGUCCUUGCUGACAGGAUUUGUCCCCAUGUUCGGAUGGAAUAAAAGGAUUGACCCAAAAAAGUCCAGUGAAUUCAAGUGUAAAUUCGCCUCUGUGAUGAGCAUGGACUACAUGGUGUAUUUCAGCUUCUUCGCCUGGAUCCUCAUCCCUCUGAUCCUCAUGUGUGCUCUGUACAUCGAGAUCUUCUACAUUAUCCGGACAAAGCUAAGUCAAAGUGCAACAAACACGAAUGCAGGAGUGUUUUACGGGAAGGAGUUCAAGGCAGCCAAAUCUUUGGCCCUCGUCCUCUUCUUGUUUGCGAUUUGUUGGCUGCCUUUGUCCAUUCUAAACUGUAUCGACCAUUUCUGUCCCAACUGUCAAAUCCCGUCGCAUCUGUUGUACGUGAGCAUUCUGCUGUCUCACUCCAAUUCGGUCAUGAACCCCGUUGUCUAUGCUUGCAAGAUAAAGAAGUUCAAAGACACUUAUACUCUUAUUUUAAGAACCUAUGUCCUGCGCAUGAGUCCAAAGCCGGUCAGUUCUAGCAUGGAGCAAACAUCAGAGUGCGACCCAGUGACCCCUUGA